ACCUUUGCUCAAAAUGGCGAUUGAUAACUAUUGAGUUUAAGUGACUAGGACAUGUUACGGUCAAUAAAAUCAUAAAAUUCAAUAGUAAAACUUGUAAUGCCGUGUGUAAAAGUUUCAUAAAAAGAUUUACUGUGAAUAGCAGCUUCAAUACAAAGCAACUAUUACGAUCUUACCGUAAUGUCUUCAUUACAUUUUGUUGUUCAUCCACUGCCUGGCACUGAUGAGCUGAAUGAUAGAAUCCGUGAAGUGGCCGACAAGAUCAACAAAUAUGGUUCUCAGACACCGCAAAUCUUGCAAUCAUUAAAAACUCCCGUCAAACAAGUUGUCAUCGGUCCGGCACAUCUGGGCCUUUUGCUUGAAGAUGGCCGCGCUUUGCGUGUAGCAUUUUCUGUUAUACCCGAACGAUUGGAUUUGAGUAAACAGGAACCGUCGAAACCCGGUGAUGGUGGUGGUGGCGGAGGAGGAGGCGGCGGAAGUGGUGGUUGUAGUGGUAAUGGUGGAGGCAAUAGUGGAGGAAACGGAGGAAGUGGUCCAUCUACGUCGAAUAACACAUCAAGCUCGAAAAAUACUGCUACGUCCAGACAGUUGGCUAGAUCAAGAGCUCGUAUAUUACGAGCUGGACAAGUUCGCAGUAGCAGUGGUACACAGAGUUCAGUGCAAUCGCGUAGUACUGGCGUGAUUAUCGGUAGCAGUUCAUCGGGACGAUCUUUGGUUACGGUUCCGGCGCCAUUCGUUCCGGAGGAUUUAGUCUCUCAGGCUCAGGUCGUUUUGCAGGGAAAGAGCCGCAACAUCAUCAUUCGUGAACUCCAACGCACCAAUCUGGAUGUCAAUUUAGCUGUGAACAAUUUACUGUCGCGUGAUGAUGAAGAAGGAGAGGAUGCCGAAGAGAGCAGUGACAAUUACGUUCCCGAAGAUUUGAUUUCACUGUUGGAUAGCGGAUUUCAUGCGGCUGACAAUAGUGUUAUCAUAGACACGGACACCAUGUUCCCGGAGGAGAUGUUUGGCUAUUCAAGCAUUCGCAAUUUGUUAUACAGUCGAGUGCGCAGUGAACGCAACCAAUCAAACAGUGGAACUGCAGGUGGAUCAACAACCGAAGCAGGACGUGCAGCUGGUGGUGCUCCAGCUUCCGGCAGUUCGAGUUUGAAUCCAGUUUCGGCACCAAGCGACCGUGAUUCGUUUAGCCGUUGGAGAGAUCGUCAAUAUUACGGACCCAGACGCUGGUUUCAAACAUCUCGCGAAGAGUCUGGUUGGGACAAAGACGCUCCAGACACCAAGAAGAAGGAUUCCGCUUCUGGUUUACCGCUGUGGAUAUCCGACGACCUGGACUUUUGGCCGGAAAAAGAUGUUCCCGUCCGAUUCACACAUAUUGCCGCUCUGCAUUCAGAGUUCAUUGGUGUUUCGACAAAGGGUGAAUUGCAUCAAUGGCGUUGGGUUGACACCGAUCCGUAUCGCCAUCAUGAGAAUCCGAACAUUUUCCAUCCGAAAACGCAGUUCUUGAAUUUAACAUUCGAACGAAUCACACACAUCUCGGCCACGUCAAUUCGUUGCACCGUUUCGACCGAACAAAACCGUGUAGCCACUUGGAUGGACGAAAUGCUCGGCUCUGCCGGCAGUAAACUCGAACAUCCUGCUACCAGUUUCCAGGAAUUUUCGGUAGAAAAAAUAGUGGCACUGUACACAUGCACAUUGUACACUGUGGCUCGCAUGGACAGCGGCGGACUAUUUUGGUGGGGUGUGAUUCCAUUUGGACAGCGAAAACGCUUGUGGGACAAACACAAGGCCAAAUCGAAAAAACCGGUACGUCCGAACGUUAACUCACCGGAAGUAACUGUUGGUGCUCAAGUGUGCAUGAAAAGUAGUCCGAUGUAUCAAGCCGGUGCGAUUGGAUUCACUAUUUCGAAUGGUGUACCACGUGUGGGUCAGCUACUAUCAGCUGCAUGGGAUCUAACCGACACUUGUCGUUUCAAAUUGAUUACGAUUCCACCACUGCCAAGCACUGCACCUGCAUCGAGCAGUCUUACGUCAAAUGAUUUGAAAGAUUUGCUAAAAUCGGCAAUACCAUCGACAAACAUUAUCCCAUCCAAUCCGGUGUCGUCGGGUUCAUCAUCGAAAUCGACUGGCAGUAACAAAGAGACGGCUGAUCGUUUGGAUAUGCCACCGCCUCCAUCACCAGCGUCGAGUACAUGCAGCGAUACUGGCAGUGUUACUUCACAUAAACGAACAAACAAACGGGCAGCACCGAAGGAAGACAAUGAAACGAAGAAGGAUGAAGAGUCAUGGAUGUUACGUGAUGUGGUCUUCGUGGAAGAUGUUCGAUCCAUUCCUGUUGGUCGUGUACUAAUGGUUGAUGGACAAUAUGCUGCUGUACGGUUCCCUCCAGCUAAUGGAGCCGAAGUAAAGGACGAGACUGACUGGCAAGAUUGUCGUCUGAUGAAAAAAGACGAUCUACAGAUCAUGAAAGCAGCAACAACUUCACGUGUUCCAGACUGUUUUCAAAAAACACCUCGUCGCAUCAAUCUAACGCCCAGCGAAACGUCCACAAGCGAAUUGCUCACGUUGGCCGUUGACGGAAAGGGAAUCCAUGCGAUUAUGAAAACCGGAACAAAGAUUCAUUAUUGCUUGUUCAAUUUGAGCACUGGUCGUCAGGAGCAUGACAGUGCCUUCCCAACGGACAUCCACUCCUUCUUCGGCAUGUCGCAAUCGAAUGUGAAUCUAACUUGUGCCAAUGAGUGCUCCGAAAGUGUUCUUAUUUUACGUGACGGCAACAAUGCCAUUUAUCCGCUCGUUAAAGACUGUGCGGAUGCAAUUCGUGAUCCGCAAUGGCUCGAUCUGCAACCGAUCAAAUGUUUAGCGGCCGCAUCGUUGACAUUGAAUUCAGUGGUCGGUGCGAAUUUAAAAUCACAAGUGGCUAUCAUAGCAUUCGUUCCCGAAGUGCAAUUUUUAAUGCCGCGAAUUUUACGGUGUGAUUUGAAAGGAUUCAAAAAUGCGCUGGCUCAACUGGAAGCUGAUGGUAAAUCGCAAAUGGAAAGUGUUCUGACUGAACGAUGCGAUGGAAAUCGAAAUAUUUUCCAUGCUUGCGUUUCGAUGUGUUCACCGACCAGCAACAAAGAGGACUCAGGAACUACGACAACGAAUCCAGUUGGUCUUGACUGCAUCAAUGUAAACAGUGGUGGUAGUGCAUCACGAACGGAUCGUGUUAGCAUUCGUGAAAUGAUGCGCCGUGCAACCCAAAACGCUCUCGAUGUGGCAUCCAGUAACAAUCCGCCACCAUCUGCUGAGGAAUCCGUAUUUAUGCCAGUCACUUUCUGGCCGACGAAUUCGGAAUAUGAAUCGCAUUCGGGCGAUGAGGACAGUAUGAAUGGACAAAACUCUCAGUCGUCGGCCAGUAAAUUGGUCUCAAAUGCCGUCUACGUAUCCGAUCCAAUCGAACGAAGAGAGAACAGCGCAGCGAUGUUAUUGCAAAUGUGCCAAAGUCCAGCCUUUCGUCCGUUGUUGAAACAAUUUCUUAGCACCAAAGAUGCACAGGGACAAACACCAUUCAUGCUGGCCGUUUCGUCGCGUGCAUAUCAAGCUGGAUUGAUUCUGUUCAGUGUUAUUAUCGAAAUUUCAAAAGGUGAUCCAGCUGAACGAGAUUCAAUGAUAUUUCCAACCGCUUCAACAGCCGAUCAAUCACCGUUAUACGUGCUGUGCUGCAAUGACACUUGCUCGUUCACAUGGACCGGAGCUGAUCACAUCAAUCAAGACAUUUUCGAAUGCAAAACGUGCGGUCUGACUGGUUCAUUGUGCUGUUGCACCGAAUGCGCCAAAGUAUGCCACAAAGGACAUGACUGCAAAUUGAAACGAACUUCGCCGACGGCUUAUUGUGAUUGCUGGGAGAAAUGCAAAUGCAAAGCGCUGAUAGCUGGAAAUCAGUCGAAAAGACUUGAGCUGUUGCGUGAAUUGGCCAACGAUACAGACUUGGUGACGAAACCAAACUCCCGAGGUGAACCGAUAUUGUUGUUUUUGAUCCAAACAGUGGGCAGACAGGUCAUCGAACAGCGUCAAUAUCGAUCAAGAGUUCGCAGCUCAACAGCGAAUCGUAAGACACCAUCGUUGGAUGUUGACAACGAUAUGCCCGAUCAUGAUUUAGAACCGCCGAAGUUCGCGAAGAAAGCACUCGAUCGAUUGUUGGUGGAUUGGCCGGCAGUGAAGGCAAUGAUUUUAACCGGUUCGGAUCAGGUGAAACGAUCCCAAUCGGCGGAAAAUAAAGUUUUCUACAACGAGACCAACGACCAGAACAUUUACUUGCAAAGUCAGAGCGGCACCACUCUGCUGGACAAAUUUACGCAUUCAUUGUUUGUUCGCUGCAACAAUGAUCCGUUGGACACUUUGCUCAGCACAUUAACUAGAGAACUGCAGAGCGACGAUCCAGCACGUGCCGAAGAAGCACAAAUUGUGGCCAGACGGUUUAUCCGAUCCGUUUCUCGUAUAUUUGUGAUAUUUAGCUUGGAACGUUUGCCCAAUCCAGACAAACAGCGCAGUUCAACACAACAGAAGCAUUUGCAAACGUGCCGACGAGUGUUCCAGACUCUGAUGAAAAUCUCCAUCGAAGAACUGAUCGAAAUUGCCGAUGCUUUAAUAGCACCCGUUCGAAUGGGAGUGGUACGACCGACAGCUCCAUUUUCUAUGUCAACUUCAUCAAGCAUAGAUAAUUCCGACGACUUAUUCAGUGUCGAACCAUUGACACCAUCAUCGGUGGCACGGAACGUUGCCAAUGUUCCGUCUUCUCGUCAAGGCUACAAGGUCUAUAAUCUGGGAACGCGUAACGUCGGCGAUCAGGCAUCGAGUUUCCUAUCCCGAAUCGAUCGUUAUCGAAUGCGACGAUUGGAUGAGGCCGCCGAAGAUGCAGCCAUCGAUAAUGGACAAGACGAUGAAGAUAUUUCCGAACAGGAUGAUAUCUCGAACGAACGUGACCGGUCAAAUAUUCGACCUUCGAAUAAUAUGGACGAAGAUGUGCCAGAUCCAUUGCGCAACGAAGAUGCGGUUAUGGAAGGUGAAAGCGAUAACGAAUUCAAUUUUCAUGAAGCAGAAACCGAAUCCGAUUCAGAUGAUAAUCAGAGCACUCAGGAUGCUCAAAGAAGCGUUCAAACUGGUGCUACAGCCGGCUCAGACACAGGCGGUGGCUCCAUUCUCAUGCUAAAUGAAGACGAUACAGACGGCUCAAGUCAACCGGACGAAGAUGGAUCGGAGGACGGUGAAAGUGACGAACAUUCGCAAGAAGAUUACAGUCCAAACGACGAGCAAUUGGAACGCCGCACCACAGUCACCGGCACGCAACGCAACAAUUUGGCACCGCAAUCAAUGCAAUGGGCAAUCCGAAGCCGUGACACCAGCCGAUCGGUUCGUUUGACUGGCAAUUCGAGCUUGGUUUUCAUAGAUCCGUCAGCGUUGCGACGAACGACCACUGCAAAUGCAGCUGUUGCAGCCGCACAGGAACCACACACAAUGUCUACGACUGCCAGUAGCUUGGCUCGAGCGUUUGGCAUUGUCUUGAGACAAGUUUGUCAACUGUUUAAUACGAUCUCCGAAUUGUACACCAACGGAACGCUGCACAGCAACAGCAGCAUGAAUAUUACUUAUCAGGAGGCCAAUCAAUUACAUAUUGACAUGGAAACGCGUUUGAAGCCGACAUGGGACUGGAUGUUAACCGUAAUGGAUGCAACUGAGGCACAACUGCGAUUUGGUGCUUCGUUGACUCAUUCAACCGAUCCAUCACAUCCAUUGCAUCCACUACAUCCAUUGAAUCCUUCACAACCAGCUACAUCAAGCAUCAACAAUCUGAGCGUACCACCGAGCAGCAAUUAUCAGCCACGUCGAACAGCCACAUUAGAAAGUACGCAAAGUACAUCCAGCACCAGUACUCGAAUCGUUGGAUUUUCUACAGCGUCUGAUAAUCAGCGUAAUUUUGACAGAGACGGUGUAGCACAGACCGCUCGUCGAGAAUUUUUGACCUACGCAUUAUCCUUGAUGCGAUCACAUAGUUCAGAGCACCGUGACUCAUUGCCGGUAUUGGAUGUAACGGCUCUGCGUCACAUUGCCUACGUUCUCGAUGGAAUCAUCUUUUAUAUGCGUGCUGGAAAGGAGAACGACAUGGACAAAAACGACGUGAACAUCUGGGCUGACUUGGAUGAAAACGAAAAUGAUGAUGGUGAAGACGAACCAUUGGAUGGUGACGAUUUGUCCGAUAGUGCAAUGUAUAUGCUGGGGUCACAGCAAGGACGUCGCCAUUCAUUUUUCCAACGCUCCGAAUCGACACUUUGUCUCGGCUGCCCACCACCAGAUCCAUUCAAUACGCCAAUGUGCGAAUCACUGCCAUUGGCCGACCAACCGCAUCUGUUGCAACCUAAUGCAAAACGCGAAGAUUUAUUCGGAAUCCCCAAGCAACCGAUUACGAUUCCAUCGAAUGGUUCGGAACCACCCGGCGUCAAUUCACCGUUGGAGCUUCCGCCAACGAUGCUGGGUCUAUCACCGCACAGGAAUAUUACACAAAACUAUGACGGAACGUCAACAUCGACUGCAUCGAAUCCGGCAGAUUUCGAAGCGGAAAGUGCAGGUCCUUCAGAUCAGAGUGAAAGCAAAUUUGCUGCUGUUGAGAAAUCAGUGACCGACGAGGAGGCUGUUCAGGAUGCAAAGCUGGAACCGAUACCGUCAACGUCUAAAGAGAAGCGUAAGCGAUCUGACCAUCCCGAAAGCUAUGGCAACAUUUACAUGCAAUUGAAGAAAAAGAGCUACUUUGAUCACAGCGAAGACGACAGCAGAAGCUACGAAAAAGAAGGUCCACAAGAUCUCUCAUUCGACAAAGAAGCGAGCAGCAAAAUGGACGUCGAUAGUGAUGGCACUCCGUCAUUCACAUUCGAAUCGGACAGUCAAUCAACUUCUGAACAGUUAGCCGGUGUAUCAGGGCCAAUUACAAGUGCCAAUGUUAGUGUUUACGAUGACUCACUGACAGUCCGACCGCAAAUUAUUGUUACACCACGUAAAGUAGCUGCUGCCAUCGAGUCCGUAACGGCUGCCGUGCUAGCAAAAAAUAAGAAAGCUUCAUUGUCUGAAUGUGCGGCUGCAGUGGACACUCCAAUCACUGCUUUGCCAACAACAUUUCCACCGAUCGAUCUUGCGUCUGGCUCAAGUUCGUCUAUGACAGAUUCGUUCAAUCCUAUGGCUGUGUCACAAGGAAGUAGUUCGGGAUCACCAUCAAAAAGUGUCAUCGUACGAGCGGGAAAGAAAGCCGAGAAGAGCUGCCUCAGUCAGAACGAGGUGUUACAACACGUUGAGAAUAUGGACACACAGGAAAUUUCAGCCCACGUUACAAUCGAAACGACACCGGAUCCACAAAGCCGUGCCCACGAAGAAAUGGCACCACGUGGACAAUACUUCCGAUCGUCAAGCACUGUGACUCAGGCACCCACAUGGGACUUGUUAUUGGGGCGCUGGCGCUUGUCGCUCGAUUUAUUCGGACGUGUGUUCAUGGAAGACGUUGGUUUGGAACCAGGCUCUAUAGUGUCAGAACUGCGUGGUUUUCCCGUGAAAGAAGCUCGUUUCCGUCGUCACAUGGAGAAACUGCGUAAUGCACAACAACGCGACUUGACGCUGUCGAAAAUGGAACGGAAUCGAACGAGUUUGUUGGUGCAGACGUUCAAAGAACUGAACACUCAUUUCGGCAAUCAGAACCGUCGCAUACAUCCACCACUGGCAUUCAAUCGGGUCAAAGUGACGUUCAAAGAUGAGCCGGGCGAAGGAUCUGGUGUUGCGCGCAGUUUUUACACUUCAAUUGCCGAGGCAUUGCUGGCUAAUGAAAAACUACCGAAUUUAGAAGCAGCUCAAGUUGGCACAUCGAAUACCAGUAAAUAUUCGGCACCAUUUGGUAGCAUGUUGCGCCAUCGUAGCAGUAAUUCACGUGAUGGCCCGUCCAUUUCUUCAUCGAGACGAAUAACCGGCAGCAAAACGUUGUGGCGAUCGAGUCGCGAACCUCGAAGAGCGUUGAAUUACGAUGCUAGACCGUACAAACCAGCACAGGAAUCUUCAGGCAAUUCAUCGUCAGCAUCGACUAACAAUCCCAAUGACCAAUUACCUGUGCAACUGCAACAACUUGGCGAAAGACUGUACCCCAAGGUCUUUGCUUUACAUCCUGCCAAUGCACAGAAAAUCACCGGUAUGUUACUGGAAAUACCGCAAUCCCAACUGUUGUCCAUACUCGGAUCGGAAGAAAAUCUCCGGAUCAGAUCUGACGAGGCUAUGGAGAUUAUCAUGUACAGACAACGGUCGGAUAUUGUUGAUGCUCUCAUUGAAAACAAUCUGAACAGCAGCGGGACGAGUCAAUCGUCGUCGAAUCCCACAACAUCGAAACGCCUAAAUCCAGUCGUUGUUCUGGAAGAGUGCCAACUGGAAGACAAUGCACCAUUGUUUUAUUCGCCCGGCAAACGCGGAUUUUACAGUCCAAGACAAGGUCUGGCGUCGUGCGAACGAAUCAACGCAUUUAGGAAUGUUGGAAGAUUAAUCGGACUGUGCUUGUUGCAAAACGAAUUGUUCCCGUUGUUCUUGCAACGACAUGUGCUCAAAUACAUCCUCGGCCGUACCAUUCGAUUCCAUGAUUUGGCAUUCUUCGAUCCGGUGGUUUUCGAAAGUUUGCGUCAACUGGUGACCGAUUCAACGGGGAAUGCUGCGAGUGUCCUAUCAGAUCUGGAAUUAAACUUUGAAAUAAGCCUGCUGCCAGAAGAAGGUGGAAGUUCGGUGGAAUUGGUACCGGGCGGACGUGAUAUACAAGUCAAUGAAUCCAAUUUAUAUGACUACGUUCGAAUGUACGCAAAUUAUCGAUUGAUAAAAACGCAAGAGAAAGCGUUAGAGGCAUUACGUCUCGGUGUAUUCGAUGUGCUACCGAGUGGUGCAUUGGAGUCCUUGACCGGCGAAGAUUUACGAUUAUUGCUGAAUGGCGUUGGUGAUAUUCAUGUUGGUACACUCAUUUCGUACACAACAUUCAACGAUGAAUCAAGCGAAAGUGGUGAUAAAUUACUGAAAUUCAAACGUUGGCUCUGGAGCAUUGUGGAGAAGAUGAGCAAUGUGGAACGGCAGGAUUUGGUGUAUUUCUGGACCGGAUCCCCUGCCUUACCUGCAUCGGAAGAUGGAUUUCAACCGAUGCCAUCGGUCACAAUACGACCAGCUGACGAUGCACAUUUGCCAACGGCCAACACGUGCAUUUCACGACUAUAUAUUCCCUUAUAUUCUAGCAAGGCUGUACUGCGACACAAGCUCCUACUGGCUAUCAAAACUAAGAACUUUGGUUUUGUCUAAUUUUUCGUCUUUAAGCUUUUGAUAAAUGGAUUUGCGAAUCAAAAAAAAAAAAAAGAAAUUCAACCGAAAUUCGAUACUAGAAAUUAUGUAAAAUCAAACACACCAACGACACACUAUAUUCACACACAAA